CGACCGCAAUUGGAACUGACACGGCCGCCAAGGUUCGCAAAAGAGCUUGAUCAAGACGCUGUCCCAGAAUGGCGCGUCAAAUAUCUCAACUACAAGGCCGGUAAAAAACACGUCAAAACCGUCUCGCGGGCUAUCCACCGAGCAAAUGCGACGCCGAUAUUGACGAGGAGGGGCACCGAGGCACCUCAGGCCAAUACUCCGGGUACCUUCUUCGGAAUUAACCAUAGCUUCACCCCGCCCCGGCGGAAAGCUGAGGGGCCGAACGGUGGCCUUGCCAGUGAACCGGCUUUGUUCCGGUCCGGGUCCUCGUCUGGUCAGCAGGGGAGGAGCGUCCACCCUGGGGGGGGUGAGCGGUCGGGGCUGGCCAGGACACCGGGAAGUGGCAUACAAUAUGGCAGUAUCGGGCCAUCGCCGUCGCGGGCGAGCGACAGGCAUGAUUUUGAGCUUCCCGCCCCCGCUAUUAGGGUCCUAUCGAACCCGGACGACCCUGGCCCGAUCCGUGGCUCCCUUCCGCGUAGCGCUACGAUGACGACAACUACGCGGCCGGACCACCGCUCCCCAUCGUUGUUCACCCUUCCGUCCAGCGGAACAGCUUUGACACCCCGUAUGCGGGUCGCUCGACUGUUCUCAACCAGUUCCACGGCCCCUCGGCAAACGCUAAACAAAAUUGAGAUCGGGAUGCAAAACCUGGACUACGUUCGUUCGGCUGAGCGCGACUUUUUCAGCUUCCUCGAUAGCGAGCUAGACAAGAUUGAGACCUUCUACAAGGAGAAGGAGGAUCAAGCAACCGAGCGUUUGGCCGCGCUUCGAGCACAGUUACACGAGAUGCGCAACAGGCGGACCGCCGAGAUCGUCGAGUCGAAAGCGAGAAAAAAGCAGGGUCACAGUACCGGUCGCAGCGAUGACGAUAACACCGUUGGGCGGCCCAGGGAUGAUAAUCGCGAUUGGAUCAGUCCGAUCAAGGACAGGUUUUCCAGGACCGGUCCUAAUUCCAAGGCCCUGCAGAAAAUGACACGCACUCCCAUCAUGGCGGGUCAGGUAAUGGAUGAGGGCCGAGACUAUGUGCGACAGCCUCAAGACGACGAUGUUCCGUACCGGACGGCGAAGCGGAAGCUCAAGCUGGCCAUGCAGGAAUUCUACCGCGGCCUCGAGUUACUGAAAUCAUAUGCCCUAUUGAACCGGACGGCGUUUCGCAAGCUCAACAAGAAGUACGACAAGGCGGUGAAUGCCCGCCCCCCUUACCGAUACAUGAACGAGAAGGUGAGCAAGUCCUGGUUUGUCAAUAGCGACAUUCUGGACGGGCACAUACAUACCGUGGAAGACUUGUACGCCAGAUACUUCGAAAAGGGCAACCACAAAAUCGCCGCCGGAAAGCUCCGAGCCCUGCAGAAGCGCCAUGGGGAUUCAUCAGACAGCGCAUUCCGCAGCGGCCUGAUGAUCGGCAUCGGCGCAGUUUUUACCAUUCAGGGGCUCAUAUACGGCUCCGAGUUUCUCUUCAACGAGGAAGACGACAACUUAGCUGAACAAACGAAAUACCUGCUGCAGCUGUACGGGGGAUAUUUCCUCAUGCUCCUCCUCUUCGCCUUGUUCACACUGGAUUGCCGGGCGUGGACGAAGAACAAGGUCAACUAUCCGUUCAUCUUCGAGUUUGAUGCGAGGAACUUCCUGGACUGGAAACAGGUGGCCGAGUUUCCCAGCUUCUUCUUUGCGCUGUUUGGCGUGUUCAUCUGGCUCAAUUUCUCGAAGCUGGGGGACUGGGAGGGGUUAUAUCUCUAUUACCCCGUUGUCUUGAUAUGCAUCACGCUGGUCAUUAUCUUUUUUCCGGCACCUGUCUUGCAUCACAAGGCAAGGAGGUGGUUCCUGUACUCCCAUUAUCGGUUGCUCUUGUCGGGUUUGUAUCCAGUAGAGUUUCGGGAUUUCUUUCUGGGCGAUAUGUGGUCAAUCUGGGAUCUCUUCAUGGAUUUCUCCCUUUUGCAAGCCAACGCUCGCCGCCGGUAUCUCCGCGACAUCACAGCCCUCCGCCCCGUCUGGAUUUACUACGCCAUUAUGGUAAUCGACCCGAUCCUGCGCUUCUCCUGGAUCUUUUACGCCAUCUUCACCCACGACACCCAGCACAGCACCAUCGUCUCCUUCCUGGUCUCCCUCGCCGAGGUCGUCCGCCGCGGCAUGUGGACCCUACUCCGCGUGGAGAACGAACACUGCGCCAACGUCGCCCAGUACAAGGCCGCCCGCGACACCCCGCUCCCCUACCACCUCGAGCAGUUCGUCCAGCGCCCCAGCCUCGAGGUCGCAGCCACCGCCGCCGCCGCCGCCGCCGCCGCAACGGUCGCCACCCUCGACGGCAUGCCCAUCACCGCAACCACCCAACCACCCGCACCAACCACGCCCCACCCCACCACCCCCGGACGCCCAGACACCGCCGGCACGCUCAUGCUCCCCACCGCCGCGCGCACCCCGCGCAGCGACACGGGGGAGAUGGCACCACCACCACCACCACCACCAUCCGCCUCCCCCGGCAUGGGCACCGCCACCGCAACAGCCCUCGAGGAAGGCGGUGGCGGCGGCAUGAUAAGACCGGGCGGCACGUUCCGCCGCCGCCGCGCCGACACGCUCGGCAAGAUGUCGAUCCGGCAGGCGAUGGCGGAGGCGCACAAGCAGGACUUUGAGAAGCGGCGGCCGGCGGCGGGGGGCGGGGAGCGUGGGAAGGAUAGUAGGGUGGUGGAUGGGGAUGGGGAGGUGGAGGGGGAUGUGUUGGGGAGUGAGGAGGAUGAGGAUGAGGAUGAGGAUGAUGAUGAGGGUGAUGAUGAGGGUGAUAAUGAGGGGGGUGGGUUGGGGGGAGAGGAGGUGAAGAGUGAGGAUGAGGAUGAUGAGGAUGGGGGUGUUGGAGGGGAUGUGAGAAGGGAGGAGAGGGUUGCGUUGAGGACGGGGAGGGGGGCGAGGAGGGGGGAGGCGGAGAGGGGAUUGCGGAAGUAG